AUGACGCACAAGUCCUCCCAGGCCUCCAGCAACCGGCACUCCAUGGAGAUCAGCGCCCCCGUCCUCAUCAGCUCCAGCGACCCGCGGGCGGCCGCCAGGAUCGGGGACCUGACCCACCUCUCCUCCAGCGCCCCGGCCCAGGAUUCGUCUUCGAUUGGAACAGCCACGGUGGCUGGUCCCAGGACAAGUGCAAUAAUUGGAGAUCAGGGAACACCACCGAAGGUCCAGCUCCCCCUCAAUAUCUACCUAGCCCUGUACGCCUACAAGCCUCAGAAGAACGAUGAGCUGGAGCUCCGCAAAGGUGAGAUGUACCGGGUCAUUGAGAAGUGCCAGGACGGCUGGUUCAAGGGGACGUCUCUGAGGAGUGGGAUGUCUGGCGUCUUUCCUGGCAACUACGUGACGCCUGUUUCAAGGGUGCCAGUGGGAGCUGGGCAGCCCAGGAACAGCGGAGCCGGAGGAGCUCCGGCAACGAAAGGAGCCCCAGGAGCCAUCCACCCCAUCGGGGCCGGUCACACCAAUGCCGCCACAGCUGUCAGACCGGUUGUUCCUAUCACUGCGCCUCAGACGCAUCCCCAGCUACAGGCAGCCUCUCCACAGCUGAAUAACUGUUUGAGGUAUUCAGCUCAGCAGCCAGCAGCCAGCCAGACCCGCAAUGCCAUGCAGAUGGGAAUGGACGUAGUUCAAGCAGAUUUCAGCCAUGAAGCCAUCCUGGCUCAAGUUGCAAAGGGAAUAGACAGCUGCCCAGAGCUGUUCUCUGCAGAGGAGAACAGCGCAGUGACCGGAUCCUAUGUUUUCAUAUCCCAGGUGAAUGCCCUGACCAGAAUAGAGGCUAUUGUGUGGUGG